CCCCGUGUCACAUGACCGACCAUCAUGGCGGCGCCCAUGAGGCUGUGCCGGGGUCUGGGAUUUCGCCCGCGGUUGCUGCGCCGGGGGCUUCCGCUGCUGUUCUCGAGGGCGCGGAGCGGCCGCCCGGCGGCGGCAGCUGCCGGGAGAAGCCGGCUGUACGAGCACGCGCGGGGCGGCUGGACGGCGCGCCCGCAGCUGAACUUGGAGGCGCUGAGCGCGCAGCUGGGCGAGGCCGAGCGGGAGCUGGAGACGCGCAAGGGGCCCCUCGGGCCGCGGGACCUGCGCGAGAUUGUAAGCGCGGGCCGUGGGUGGGCUCGGCUGGGCGCGCAAGUGCUGUUGCUCCCGCUCUCCUAGCGCUAGGGCUUAGCCCCAGAAGGUGCUUUAAGCGCCAGGGGUUUAACCCAGCCUUCACCAGCUAGCGUUUAUUACUGAAAUUUUAUUGAUGUUAGCCGCCCUGAGCCCGGCUCUGGCCGGGGAGGGCGGGGUAUAAAUAAAAAAAUAUUAUUAUUAUUAUUAUAGCCGCCCUCUUAGGUGGCUAACAUUGUGUAUGCAAGCCGCUUUGCCCUGGCUUUAAAAAUGAUGCAUUCAAGUUUCAGGUUCCACCUGGCUGUCAAGAUUAGUAACAGCCUGGUCAUGAGUGUCUAAAUAAAAGCUGUGAAGCCAUGCCAGGGUAAAAGGUAACAGUUCUAUGGCUCUCAAGCAUCUGGGUGUCAAGGGAACUGUUUCCAGGUUCUUGCAUUAGCAGCUUAACGUAGCUGAAGCUCCAUACAUUUUCCUUCCAUUGUUUUUCACUCUCCACUUCCAGUACUACCUUCUUCUGUGCAUACGAUCUGUCACAAGAGACCAGGGCCCUGCGGGACUUGACAUCUUUCCGCAGGGCCUGCAAGACAGAGCUGUUCCACCAGGCCUUUGGCCAGGGCACAGCCUGACUCCCUCCCUCGGCAAUCUUCGCGGAGCUCUGGCCCAAUGGUUGCCAGUGGCUUGAAUUAAUUAAUUUUAUAACGAAUGAUUUUAGACUGUUGUUUAUGCUGUACUUUUGUACUGUUUUAUUGUUGUUAGCCGCCCUGAGCCCGGCUUCGGCUGGGGAGGGCGGGAUAUAAAUAAAAUUUAUUAUUAUUAUUAUUAUUAUUUUGAAUAAUCUUAUUAAACUGCUGUUAGGCUGUAUCAUAUUUUUCUUCUUUUUUCCUGAUGCCUACUAGGUUGCCACUUGGCAGAGAUUAGUCGAGGUGCAAGAAGAAAUUGCAGUACUUGAAGCUGAGAAAGAGAAGGUGGCUGAAGAAGUGGGGAAUAUUGUGGUGAGUCCACAUUAUAGCAACUAUUAUGGAGCAACUAAAAGGGACGCGGGUGGCGCUGUGGUCUGAACCACAGAGCCUAGGACUUGCCGAUCAGAAGGUCGGCGGUUCGGAUCCCCGCGACGGGGUGAGCUCCCGUUGCUCGGUCCCAGCUCCUGCCAACCUAGCAGUUUUUUUUUUUUUUUUUUUUUUUAAAUUAAAUAUUUUAUUAAGGAUUUUCUUGUUUUACAGAAGUAAGUGUACUGCCUCGUAUAUAUAUUUUUUUCAUGUAACAUUUUUACAAAUCCAUUUCAUUUGUUGAGGCAUUAGGGGGGAGAAGAAGAAAAAAAAGGAAAAAAGAAAGGGGUGGUGGAGAGAGGGAAGAUGGAUGGGGGUGGGGUCGGGUGGCGGUGUUUCUAUUAUGUUUAAUGUAUGUAGAGUUUGGUGUCAGCGUUGCUUGUGUUGUUCACUUGUGUUCCUUUCGUGGUGAGAGAGGUUGGGGUUGGCCUAGGGUGUGAUUGUCUGCUUGUGAUUGGCUGUGGUGAUCUUUGUUUUCGUGUGUGAGUGAGGUGGGUGGGUGUUUUGGAUCAGGUUAGCCAUAUUGAUUUGUAUGCUGUUGGUGGAUUAUUGUCAUUGUCCUGUUGGGCUGUGUAUGUGAUAAAGGGGAGCCAUACCAGGGUGAAGACGUCUUCUUCUGUUUGUCCCGUGUCAGUUUCAGUUUAUUAGUUAAUUUUUCUAGUAGGGCUGUUUCCCAUACUAUUUGGUACCAUUGGUCCAUGUUUACUCCUGACAGGUCUCUCCAGUGUCUGGUUAUGGUGUUUCUGGCUGCUGAAAGUAGGUGGGUUAUGAGUUCUUUGUGGUGUAAAUGGGCAUUGUUGUCUUGGAAGAUGUUUAGUAGGGCCAAUUCUGGGGUGAUGUCUAUUACUUGCUUAGUUAUUUUACAUAUUUCUUGUAUGGCUGUUGUCCAGAAUAGUUGGAUUUUGGGACACUCCCACCACAUGUGGAGGUAUGUGCCUGUGGAGGUGCACCCUCUCCAGCAUUUUGGUGAGGUUCCUGGGUGUAUUAGCGCUAGUUUCCUUGGUGUUAGGUACCACCUGUAGGUGAGUUUCAGUGUGAGUUCUUUUCUUUUCGUUGAUAUGGAUUUAAAGGGGGGUUUAGACCACAUUCUGGUCCAUUGAGUGGGGUUAAUCUCAUAGCCUAUGUCAUUCUCCCAUUGUUUUUUGAUUGCAUCUAGGGGAUUUGCGGGAUUUUGGAGUAGUAUUUUGUAUAUUGCGGAUACCGUCCCUUUACCGUUUCCUUUUGUUGUUAGGAGGAGGUUUUCGAAGGUUGUCAGGGGCCUAGUUGCUGCUGAUUUUACUGUUGGGUUGUUUAAGAGGGCAUGUAGUUGGUGUUGUGUUAACCAGGGCAUUUGGGUGUCUUCUAGUUUGUCUUGUAUUUCUUGUGUUGACAAGGGUUUGUUAUUUUUAUAAAAGUCUAUUAGGCGAUAUAAGCCUUUGGUUUGCCAGGUUUUUAUCUGGAGGUUUUGUGCUGCAUGGUGGAAUAAUGGGUGGUACGCCAGAGGAUUAGUGGGGAUGGGGUUGGGGAUAGUUUGCCUAUUUGUGUUUUCCAUGCUUUGAGCAUGGUCUGUGUGUACCUGUUAAGUGUUGUGGGAAUUUUCUUUAGUUUGUUUGGGAGGAAUGGGUAUGUUGUGGUGCAGGUAUUUUCAAUUGUGUCCCUCUCUAGGUGUACCCAUUGUUUUGUCUCAUCUUCUAGUAUAUAUGGGAUUAUAUGGCGUAUUUGGUUGGCAUUGUAAUAUGCUUCUAUGUUGGGGAUUCCCCAUCCUCCUUCUGAGGUGGGGAGGUGCAGGUAUUUGAGGCUUAUUCUUGGUUGUUUAUGUGAGAAGAUGAAAGAGUGUAGUUUUCUCUGCCAACUGCGAAGUUGGGUUGAGGGGAUCCAGAUUGGGAGGGUUUGGAAUAGGUAGGUUAGUUUUGGGAGUGUGAUCAUUUUGAUCAUGGCUAUUUUGUCUGAGAGAGUGAAAUUCAUGUUAUUCCAUCUCUUUAGGUCUUUGUUAAUUUGUCGCCACAGGGGCUUGUAGUUGUGGAGGUACAAUUUAUUGAGGUUUCUGGUUAUUUGUACCCCUAGGUAUCUGAACUUGGUGUGGCAAAGUUUUAUUUUGGUGACCUUCGUGAGUUCUUUUUGGGUGUGAGGAGGGGUGUUGAAGCACAUAGCUUCUGACUUUGUAAAAUUUACCUGUAGGCCCGACACCAUUGCAAAUGUGUUGAGUUCUCUGAUUAGGGAGGUUGCUGUGCUUAUGGGGUCUGGUGUUGUGACCAUUAGGUCAUCUGCAAAGAGCCCUAAUUUAUAGGUUCUGCCUUUUAUUUCCACUCCCUUGAUGUCUGUGGCUGCUCGGAUGCUGAUUGCUAAGGGUUCCAGAGCCAGGAUAAAUAAGAAGGGAGACAGUGGGCAUCCUUGUUUCGUGCCUCUUUGGAUAGCUAUAGUAUUAGAAUCCAUAUUGUUAGUUCUGCAUUUUGCUGAGGCUUGGGAGUAUAUUUGUUUGAGAAUUUGUAGGAAGUUGGGGCCAAAUUUCAUGUUAGUUAGUACUGCUAAUAUGUAUUUCCACUCUAAGCAAUCAAAGGCUUUGAGGAUGUCUAGGGACAUAAUUGUCAAUGGGAGUUUGGUUGCCUUGCUGUGUUCGAUCAGGUUCAGUAGUUUCCUGAUGGGGUCUGUUAUAUUGCGGCCAGGGACAAAGCCAGUCUGGUCUGGGGCUACUAACUUGUGUAGGAAGGUUUUUAGGCGGUUGGCCAAGAUUGAUGUGAAUAUCUUGUAGUCUUGGUUUAUUAAUGAGAUUGGGCGGUAUGAUUCUACUUUGAGGCUGUCUUUUAGUGGUUUUGGGAUGGAGACUAUUUUGGAGUGGGUCCAGGUUUUGGGGAUGGGGCCCCCUUUUAUGAUGUCGUUGAAUAGGCGGGUCAUGUAGGGCAUCAAGGGUUCUUUGAAUUUCCUAUAGAAUUCUGCUGUGAAGCCGUCUGGGCCUGGGGCUUUGUGUGGUUUCAGGUUUUUGAGGACCGCAUCUAUUUCCUCUGGGGUGAUAGGGCUGUCCAUGAAUUCCUGUUCCUCAUCAGUUAGGGUAGGCAUGGACAGUCCUGCUAGAAAUUUUUUGAUUUCCUUCUCUGGUGGGUUAUGGGAGGUGUAUAGGUUGGAGUAGAAUUCUGCAAAUUCUGAGUUUAUUUCUUCGGGGGAGAAUGUUAUGUUGCCGUCUUUUUUUGGUGAUGCAGUGUAUUCUUGUUUUGAGUGCUUUUUUCCUGCAUCUAUUUGCUAGUAAUCUGGAGUUUUUCCCUCCAUAUUCGUAGAAACGUUGUUUAGAGUAUAGAAUGUUGAUCAUUGUUUUGUUAAUUUCUAGGAGUCUAGUUCUCUCCUUUUUGUUCCAUAAGUUUGAGGAGUUUUUAGAUCCUGUUUGUUUGUAGCGUGAUGAGAGGGCGGUGAUGACUUGUUCUAUUUUGCUAAUUUUUGAGGAGGUGUGUUUGGUUAUGGAUUGUUUUCUCUUUUAUGCAAGCUCCUCUGGUGACCGCUUUCAUUGCGUCCCAUAGGAGGGGGGUUGUUAUAUUGUUUACAUCGUUUUCCUUGAAGUAGUUUUGGAGGGUUUUUGUGAGACUCUCUCUAAUUUGUUUGUUUGUAGUUAGGAUGGGACUGAAGGACCAUGAUGGGGUGGUUUGUGUUCCUUCUCCUAUUUUAACGAUGACUUCUACUGGGGCGUGAUCUGUGAUUUUAAUGUUACCUAUGUUUGUUGAUUCCACUGAGGGGAUCAGACCCUGUGUGAGUAGAAUGCUGUCCAGUCUGGAUACUGUAUCAUGGCGUCCCGAUUGGAAUGUAUGGCUGAUGUCUCCCGGGUUUUGCUCACCCCAAAUGUCAUAGAGACCCCUGCUUUUAGCAUUUUUAGUAACUUGUAAGGGUUCCUAGUUGGGGGUUUCCUUCGGAGGAAGGUUGCCCAUGGGGUUGUAGGGUGGAUAUCUUUCAGGGCUAUGCCUUUCAUAUUUAGAUUGAGGUCCCCUCCUAGGAUUGCUUCCCCUUCAGAGAAGGAGAGGAAUUCCAACCUAGCAGUUCGAAAGCAUGUCAGAGUACAAGUAGAUAAAUAGGUACCGCUCCGGCGGGAAGGUGAAUGGCGUUUCCGUGCGCUGCUCUGGUUCGCCAGAAGUGGCUUAGUCAUGCUGGCCACAUGACGUGGAAGCUGUACCCCGGCUCCCUCGGCCUAUAAAGCGAGAUGAGCGCCACAACCCCAGAGUCGGUCACGACUGGACUUAAUGGUCAGGGGUCCCUUUACCUAUGGAACAACUCAGAACCACUGUAGAAGAUAUGUUUCAAUAAAUAAAAGAGGAGGAAGGAAAAGCCAGAUGCUCAGGGCUGCCUACCACAAAUUCUGGUUUUGUGUUUCCUUUCUUGUUGUUGUGUUACAGCUAGAAAUUGGGGGGUGGGGGGGGAGAGAGAGAGAGAGAAUAUGUGUAUAUGUAUUUUGAGAAUCUCCUGCCAACCUAGCAGUUCGAAAGUACAUCAAAGUGCAAGUAGAUAAAUAGGUACCGCUCCGGCGGGAAGGUAAACGGCGUUUCCGUGUGCUGCUCUGGUUCGCCAGAAACGGCUUAGUCAUGCUGGCCACAUGACCUGGAAGCUGUAUGCUGGCUCCCUCGGCCAGUAAAGCGAGAUGAGUGCCGCAACACCAGAGUCGGUCACGACUGGACCUAAUGGUCAGGUCCCUUUACCUUUACCUAUCUUGAGAAUAAUUCUAACUCACUCUUUCAUCUUCCCUUUCCAGAAAAGCCAAGACAGAAGUACUUUGCAGUCGGUAAGAAAGUUCUUUAUCCUUUCCUGCUACCUUAACAAUUUAACACCUGUAGCUUUAAAACAGAGAGCAAGUGCUUUCUGGUAUGGCGAAGGGAGAAGAAUCACUUCUGGGAUUUCUUUGCCUACAGAUUUGACAACUCUCUCCCAAACUUUUGGCUCGUAUAAUCUUGUCAGGUCUGUGCCACAUUCCUUCUAGUAUUGGGGAAAUUUACUUUCCUUUUUUGGGGAGCUCACAACGGUGCAAGAGAUAUGACUGCAGUGGUGUAAACACUAACCAAGCUUCCAACCCAUUUAUUGUUUCCUACCCAUGGCAGCUGUGUUUCAGUUCCACUGCCAGAGACAGUAUGCCCUGAAUACCAGUUGAGCAAUUUCAUCUUCCAGUAAAUAAUAUAAACCCCCAAGGCAUGGCAAAACUCCUGCACAGACAGCUUUGAUGGAAUUUAAGCAAGCCCCAAUCUUGCUUCCAGUGUUGGCUUCAAACUCUGUUUUUCCCCAUUUUGUAGCGCCUUUUUAUCACAUCUCAAACUUGAGCAGGAAGCAAACCAGCAAAGCAACUGUGUGCACCGUUCUUAAAUAGACGGGUACAACUUCUGAACUCUAAAUUGGAGCAGAACCAUUGCGACACGUUAGCCAAAUCUGAGAACUCUUUCGUAGGCUUGAAGUCUGUGUUUGGGACCACUUCACAGCCUAGAACCCUUGUACCUACGGGACCGCCCUGCGGAGGACCUUAAGGUCCAUAAAUAGCAACACCCUAGAGGUCCCAGGCCCUAAGGAAGUCAGAUUAGCCUCAACCAGAGCCAGGGCCUUUUCAACACUGGCUCUGGCCUGGUGGAACGCUCUGCCUCAUGAGACCAGGGCCCUGCAGGAUCUGAUUUCUUUCCACAGGGCCUGUAAGACAGAGUUGUUCCGCCUGGCCUUUGGCUUGGAAUCAACUUGAUCCCCUCUCCCUCUUUCCUUUUUCCUUUCUCCUUCUCUGAUGGAACUCCUCUUAGGGGACUUCCUUGGCUUUUUUCUGGCCCACUUAGGACCAGUCUGGAUAGUCGGCCUUGGUGAAGAUUUGACGUUUUCAUCCCCAAAAAGUUUUUGAUUUGAGUUUCUACUGAAAUGAGGCUGCAUUUUAAUGUUGUAUUUUAGUCUUGUUUUUAAGUUGUAUUUUAAUCAAUUGUUUUUAUCCCUAGUGUUAGCCGCCCUGAGCCCGGUCUUGGCUGGGGAAGGUAUAAAUAAAAUUUAUUAUUAUUAUUAUUAUCACUUGCAUUUGGAACUGCAUUUGGAACCUCUCUUGCCCACGUGGAAAUGAGGCAAAGGGCUUUUCCUGUCCAGUUGGCCUGGAAGCUUUUUAGAAUCACUAAAAUCAAAGCCUUUUGAGGAAUCAUGCCAAAUUCUCUUGAGGGAGUUCCCUGUUAACAUGUAUUUCCUUCUUUUUCUCAUUGCUGUUGAAAGACCGGACCUGCGAUCCAAAUAGCAACAAAUACCCUGCUUCUUAUUCCCUUCCUGCUUGGGUCUGACGGCAUCCUUCUCCUCCUCUCCUUCCCUUUCAGCACCCUGCCUACAAUGCGUUGCGGAAGCAGGGAAGGGACCUCCGCCUUCGUCUCAAUGCUUUGCGCCAGCAGGAGCAGGAGCUGGAUGAGAAAUACUACCUGCGAGCCCUCAGGCUGCCCAACAGGACCCAUCCAGAUGUGGUAAAAGAGUGUGACGCAAGAGGAGCAACCUAGAACACCCGGGGACUCAAAUUGAGCAUGGCUGGGGGCCACUGCCAGGAAGGCCCUGCAGUGCUCUCCAGCUGAGUAGACUUCCCGGGUCAAGGAUAUAUGCAGCUGUCAGGGAACUGACAUCGGAGCGAGAGGCGAAGGGGAGGCUCCUAGAUGAUGCUGGCGAAGGACCCAGCAGCAGAGGGAGAAACAGCUUGGUAGAGGGGGAAGCAAAUCAUCGCAACACCAGAGAUAAAGGGGGGCAGAUGGGGGAAUCGGAGAGAGGGCUCCAGGACUCUUCACUGGACCUCAGUGAGGAGGGGACAGGUCCUCCGCUACCCACGCCCUCCCUGCGCAGAAGACUCCCGCGCAGUGAGAGGAGGAGGAGACUGGGUGUCAAACAACUCUUAUGUUGGAAGAGGUUCAAGAAACGCCCACUGACGGAUUCUGCCAGCGACUGAGGCAGCCACGAUGAGAAAGGGCUGUGCAGUCAGAAAGGUUUAACAAGGCAAAUUAGCCUAGAGAGGCACCAGUUUACGCACGAGUAACUCAUACUCAUUACAGCAGCCAAGGGUUCUUCUGCAGAUAAAAGGAAGGGGGGUGCUUGGAUAAUUGAGUAACAUUUUACUCCAUUCCUUUCCUUGCUUGUGGGUGGGGGUGCACACAGAACAGUUCGCACCUUCGUGAGUUUCCCUAGUCACCUUUCACCUGAUAGCCGUGGCUGAGUGACUGGCCAGUGCCCAGUCGAGAGGAGGUGCUGGGAAGGAGCUUGAGACCUCCAGCUGGCUAAAUGUGUGAGGCUUCAGGCUAUGCCCACCCAGUACUCCAGCAAGGAGCUGCUGGAGGAUAUUCCCUGGGGGAAGAGCAUUUGCCGCCGCCUCCUUUUUGUGCCCCAUCGCCGAGAGCUCCGGAGGGUGGCAACAUGAGAACAGGGCCUUUUCUGCAGUGGCUCCCCAACUAUAGAAUGCUCUCCCCAGGGAAGUUCGCCUGGCGCCUUCAUUAGACACCUUUAGGCGCCAGGCAAAAACAUUCCUUUCUAUGCAGGCCUUUGGUUGAUCUGAUCUGCAUCCUAUGCCCUUUUAAAAUGUGGUUUUUUCGAGGGGGGGAGGGCUGCUGUUGGGUUGUUGUUUUUAUUUUUAUUAUGUAUUUGUGGUUUUAUAUCUGGAUUUUAUUCUGUGAACUGCCCUGAGACCCAUGGGUAUAGAGCUGUAUAUAAAUUCAAUAAAUAAAAUAAAAAAUAAAUAAAAGGAAGAGCGGGUGGUGUGGCACCCAACAACGGUAAACUGAAUAAUAUUAGUAGUAGUAGUUGUAAUAAAAAUAAAUAAUAAUAAUAAUUUAUUUAUACCCUGCCCAUCUGGCUGGGCUUCCCCAGCCACUCUGGGCGGCUUCCAACAAAAUAUUAAAAUACAGUAAUGCAUCAAACAUUAAAAGUUUCCCUAAACAGGGCUGCCUUCAGAUGUCUUCUAAAAGUCUGGUAGUUGUUCUCUUUGACAUCUGCUGGGAGAUCGUUCCACAGGGUGGGUGCCACCACCGAGAAGGCCCUCUGCCUGGUUCCCUGUAACUUCACUUCUCGCAAUGAGGGAACCGCCAGAAGGCCCUCAGAGCUGGAUCUCAGUGUCCGGGCUGAACGAUGGGGGUGGAGACACUCCUUCAGAUAUACUGGACCGAGGCCGUAUAUAGUCCUUUGGUCAUGGCAAUAUGUGUGCAGGAAGAGAGGGAUGUGGGGGUAUGGGCACCAAGUCUUUUGACGUACCCCUGCCCAUGGAAGUUUCAUAGAAGCAUAGAAUUUUAGAGUUGGAAGGGACCCUGGGGGUCAUCUAGUCCAACCCCCCCUUCCAUGCAGGAAUAUGCAGCUGUCCCUUACGGGGAUCAAACCAGCAACCUUGACAUUAUCAGCACCAGGCUCUAACCAACUCAUGGCCCCUUCAAGCUCCUUUGCCUGAAACCAGUAAACCAGUUCCAUGUAAAAGACCCUGGUGGUUAGCUCCUCAGAGCUAGUGUGGUGUAAUGGUUAGAGUCAGACUAGGACCUGGGAGGGGAAAAGGAAAGGGACCCCUGACCAUUAGGUCCAGUCGUGGCCAACUCUGGGGUUGCGGUGCUCAUCUCGCUUUACUGGCCAAGGGAGCCGGCGUACAGCUUCCGGGUCAUGUGGCCAGCAUGACUAAGCCGCUUCUGGCGCACCAGAGCAGCGCACGGAAACGCCGUUUACCGGAGCGGUACCUAUUUAUCUACUUGCACUUUGACGUGCUUUUGAACUGCUAGGUUGGCAGGAGCAGGGACCAAGCAACGGGCGCUCACCCCGUUGCGGGGAUUCGAACCGCCAACCUUCUGAUCGGCAAGCCCAAGAGGCUCAGUGGUUUAACCCACAACGCCAUCCACGUCCCACAGGACCUAGGAGACCAGGGUUCAAAUCCUUAUCUAGGCCAUGAAGCUCUCUGGGGAGGGAAAAAACCUUAGGAGCUUAACCUACCCCACAGGGUUGUUGUGUGAGAAUAAAACAGGGAGGAAAGGAGCUCUGGGCACCACUUUGAGCUCCUUGGAGGAAAACGUGGGCUAGAAAAUGCAAUGGAUAAUAAGUAAAUAAUAGGGAGCUGAACUACCUCUGACGCUUCCAUGCCUUUAACCUCUGACCUCUUCCUUUCCCCAGCCAGUUGGAGAUGAGAGCCAAGCACGGGUGUUGGAGGUUAUUGGUGAAAAGCCAGGUGAGAAAGGAUUCCUUUUAUCACCACUAGGGGGUGUUACUUGCUUCUUUCCAGGCUGUGCUUGCGUUGCCUUUUUAAAUAAUACCUGGAUCUAUUAAAUUCUUCCUUAUUCCUGGUUUAAUCUUCAUAUCCCCCUGUGUUUUUCUUUUUCUUUUUUUAAACAGCAUUUGACUUCAAGGUGAAAGGGCACCUGGAAAUUGGGGAAGACCUGGAUAUCAUAAGGCAAAGGUGUGUAUGAGAAAUUGGCGGUCUCGUCCCUUCCCAUGCAAGGCUUUCUGCUUAAAAGGGACCAUUUGGGAAAAAAGGAGACAGUCCUGAAUCCCUUUCAAGCACAGAGAAAUGAAGCAACAGCUCCACUUGCUGGUAGAGAAUGAGAGAGUGCCGUUUACCGUAUUUUUCACUCCAUAGGGCGCCCCGAACCAUAGGGCGCACCUAGUUUUAAGGGGGGGAAAUCAAAGGGGGGAAAAAGUGCGUCCUAUAGAGCGAAAAAUACGGUACUUUCAAUACAGUCUGGAAAAAAUUAAGUUUCCCCCUUCUUCCCUUAGUCAGUGCCACUAAUAUUCACUAGGCAGCUGCCUCUUCCUAGGGAGAAGUUCAUGGCUCAAUGGUAGAGGAUCUGCCUAGCAUGCAGAAGGUCUCAGGUUCAAUCCCAGUGGCAUCUGGGAAAGGUAGAACUGGAAAUGUGUCUAAUCUGUCACCUCAGAGAUCUGCUUAAUAAUAAUAAUAAUAAAUUUUAAUUAUACCCCGCCCUCCCCAGCCAGAGCCGGGCUCAGGGCGGCUAACACCAAUAAAAUCACAGUAAAAACAUAAUAGGGGGGAAAGGGGGAGGGGAGAGAAAAAAACAAUUUAAAAUACAGGUUAAAAUGCAAUUUAAAAUGCAGCCUCAUUUUAAAGUAGCUGAUAAAUCAAGACCAUAAGGGGAGGGAAACAUAAGGGUCAGACCGAGUCCAAGCCAAAGGCCAGGCGGAACAGCUCUGUCUUGCAGGCCCUGCGGAAAGAUGUCAAGUCCCACAGGACCCUAGUCUCUUGUGACAGAGCGUUCCACCACGUCGGGGCCAGUGCUGAAAAGACCCUGGCCCUAGUUGAUACUAAUCUAACUUCCUUGUGACUUGGGACCUCCAAAGUGUUGUUAUUUGUGGACCUUAAGGUCCUCUGCGGGGCAUGCCAGGAGAGACGGUUCCGUAGGUACGUGGGUCCUAGGCUUGCUUCCUGUCUAUUCUGACUGCUGACCCAGAAGUGAUUGGCUUGCAAUGUAAAGGGGAAAUGAUGGUUUCAAAGUUGCCCCGUAAUUUGCAAACACAUACGCAAAUCAUACACUUCUCAAUUAUAUAAGUUCCUCCUCCGAGAGCCCUGCUCUCUACCAUAUUGUUUGCCCUUCUCUCUCAGUUUGUGUGCGUUGAGCGAAAUUUCCAAAGCAUGCACACACACACUGAAAUCCCAUCACCAUCAGUAAUGUGCACAAAGUUGUUUGGGGCGGGGGGAAUCAAAGUUUGGCCUUGCACAGGGCACCAUAUUACCAAGGUCUGCCCCUGAUUGAACCUGCAACCUCCUGCUUGCAAGGCAGACACCCUGACACUGAGCUGUGGCUGUUUAAAAUAUAAAAAUUAUCUACAUGGUGCCUAGGGAACAACUUGCACCUUAAGAUCAGCAAGACAAAGGAGAUGGUGUUGGACAUUCGGAGGAAGAGAGGAGAACUAGCCCCGCUGUACAUCGGGGAGGGCUGUGUGGAGAGAGCCUCUUCCUUUAAAUUCCUAGGAGUUUAUCUCAGUGAAGACCUUACUUGGAAAAUCAAUACAGUGGUACCUCGCAAGACGAAUGCCUCGCAAGACAAAAAACUCGCUAGACGAAAGGGUUUUUUGUUUUUUGAGCUGCUUCGCAAGACGAUUUUCCCUAUGGGCUUGCUUCGCAAGACGGAAACGUCUUGCAAGUUUGUUUCCUUUUUCUUAACACCAUUAAUACAGUUGCGACUUGACUUCGAGGAGCAACUCAUAGAACGCGGUGUGGUAGCCUUUUUUGAGGUUUUUAAAGACUUUGGUGAUUUUUGAAGCUUUUCCAAAACUUUCCCGACACCGUGCUUCGCAAGACGAAAAAAUCGCAAGACAACAAAACUCGCGGAACGAAUUAAUUUCGUCUUGCGAGGCACCACUGUACAACCCAGGUGGUUAAGAAAGCCCAACAGAGACUCCAUCUUCUCAGAGUAUUACGGAAGAACGAUGUCAGUCAACAUUUGAUGAUCUCCUUCUACUGGUCCACAACAGAAAGUGUCCUUUCAUACUGCAUCACGGUGUGGUACGCUGGUUUGACAUCAUCUGAUAGGAAGUGCCUACAGAGGGUGGCGAAUACAGCACAAGAUAUUAUGGGCUGUCCCGUGAAUCCGCUGAAUGAAAUAGAGGAAGAACGUUGCCUCAGGAGAGUGAGGAAAAUUCUCAGGGACGAUUCACACCCUGGCCGGCACUUUCUUGAUCUCCUGCCCUCGGGCAGAAGAUAUAGAAGCAUGAAUAGUCGCGCCAACAGGGUAAAGAACAGCUUUUAUCCGUGGGCUGUUAGGCUGCUGAAUGAAAAGAUAACAACAGGGCAACAGACUUUCGGGUUUGGUGGGUGUGCGUCAGUAAACGAGGGGAAUUAAGACUAAGAGAGCUGAGUGGAGGGUGCUCGUGUAAUCUCACUGUAUACAAGUUGUACAAGUGACAAUAAAGUAUUUCAGUUUAGCUGGAUACAACCCCACGUAAACAGGCUCUGAGGCCUGGAAUAAAUUGCCCCAUUGUUGCAGCCACCAGCUCCCUGAAAAAGCGUUGGAGGAAGUGCGCUUGUGCGAAGGCAAGCAGAGGAGCGAGGGAGCAAACAAGACUUAGACAAAUUGCCUAAUGCUCUGAUGGAGGGAGAGGGUGCUAAAUAUGAUUCCGCCAGGACAAAGGGUGCCUUUGGUCUCUGAGCGGAUAUUUCCAGAAUUUGCAGGCACCCAUUAGCUGAUUGGAAGCCCUUCUCCUUCCUGAACAGGGAUGAAUAUUUGAUGGGUGGCCUUUGAGAUGAACUGUUUGGCCCCAGGGCCUUUUCCAGUAGCAGGCUGCUUCCCACCCACCACCCACCCCCGUGAUCUGUUUCACAAAGCUCCCUCUGAGCCUCGGGCCAAAGCUGAGAGCCUCUCCUGUCACGAAAGGAAGCCUGCCAUUGACUAAAUGCGUUCGUCAUGGAAUUGGCACUCUUAACGUGGCCGUGGGGCCAUGUUUCCUGGAGAGUGUUGUCCUCCUUGGUGCAAAUGGAUAUUGGGCACAUGGCAGGGAAAGGACCACAAUUCAAGGGUCGAGCAUUUGCCUUGCAAGCAGAGAGUUCAAUCCCCAGUACCUCCAGGGAAGAGCUCCAAAGAGACAUUUGUUGCAACAGGGCUCUUUAAUCCAGUUUGUGCAAACCUAAGUUUCUCUUUUUUUUAAUUUUAAUUUUUAUUGAAUUUUGCAAGAAAAGAAAAAGAAACAAAAAACAAUACAUAACACUGUAAGGUAAAGGUAAAGGGACCCCUGACCAUUAGGUCCAGUCGUGGCCGACUCUGGGGUUGCUGCGCUCAUCUCGCUUUAUUGGCCGAGGGAGCUGGCGUAAAGCUUCCGGGUCAUGUGGACAGCAUGACUAAGCCGCUUCUGGUGAACCAGAGCAGCGCACAGAAACGGCGUUUACCUUUCCGCUGGAGCGGUACCUAUUUAUCUACUUGCACUUUGAUGUGCUUUCGAACUGCUAGGUUGGCAGGAGCAGGGACCGAGCAAUGAGAGCUCACCCCGUCGCGGGGAUUCGAACCGCCGACCUUCUGAUCGGCAAGUCCUAGGCUCUGUGGUUUAACCCACAGCGCCACUCGCAUCCCUACAUAACACUGUAAACACAUCUAUAUACAUGCUUUCCAAAAUGCAAACUAAAAAAGAAAAUACUUUUCAUAACCAAUAAUAUAACCCUAACCCAAAUUCAUGCUUCAAACAUUACAAUAGAUGAAUCUUAGUUAAAAUAUUAUAAAAGGCUUCCACCGCAUUCACCGCACAUUUCUUAGUUAUCUUGCUCGCCUUCACAUCUGUUCUUCAAUCAUUUCCCUUCCUUAGAUUCUUUCAUAAUCAGUCAAAUCUUUAUGUUCUCUAUAUUCUUCACAAAGUUAGUCUAGGCACAACCAAACUUUCAUAUUUGAGCCCGGCUUGUAUAAAUAUUCAUUUAAGCAUUCCCAUUGUUUCUGAAUUCUAAUUUUUGAUUUAUGUGUUAUUAAAUCCUUCAGUUUUGCUAACUCCAGGUACUCACAUAGUUUACUUAAACAUUCCCCUUUUGUUGGGAUAUAAUUUCCUUUCCAAUGACUGGCUACCAACGUUCUCGCUGUUGUUGCUGCAUCCAGAAAGAUGUUGAUUUUGUCUUUGGGGAUAUCCUUACCAAGAUUCCUAAUAAAUAUGCUUCUGCCUUUUUGAUAUAUGAUACUUUAAUCAAUUUUUUAAUCUCUUCAUGAAUCAUCUCCCAAAGUUCUUUGAUCUCUGGACAUGUGGUGGACAUGUCCAGUUUGCACAAACCUAAGUUUCUGGUGAUGAAAUGGCUCCCUGCAAAAUAGUGACAGUCUGAUAACUUAAAUAGAAUUACUUGUGAGUAUCAGAUUGGCCUAGGAUUUAAAUAUGUGAUGCCAUAGAAUACUAUGGUAAAAGUUAAAAUGAAAAGAAAGAAAGAUGUUAAUCGACCAAGUAAAUUUUAUGUGAAAAUAGUUUUGGAAAACUGCUAAAAUGAUUUACCGUAUUUUCUGCUCUAUAAGACUCACUUUCUCCCUCUGAAAAAGUAAGGGGAAAUGUGUGUGCGUCUUAUGGAGUGGAUGCAGGCUGCGCAGCUAUCCCAGAAGCCAGAACAGCAAGAGGGAUUGCUGCUUUCACUGCACAGCGAUCCCCCUUGCUGUUCUGGCUUCUGGGAUUCAGAAUAUUUUUUUCCUUGUUUUCCUCCUCCAAAAACUAGGUGCGUCUUAUAGAGCGAAAAAUACAGUAUAUGGAAACUCAGCCAGGGGGAAUUGAGGAAGUCACCCAACAAAGUUAACAAAAGGGGAAUUAUUACAGUUAGGAUAAAUGUACGUUUGUUUUUUGACGUUUUCUUUUUAUGUUUGUGGAUUUGUUUGUUAUAAAUUUGGAAAACUAAUUAAAAAAAAAGGAAAACAAAUAAUAGUUACAGUCUGGGAGUAGCUAGUGACUCCUGAAGCUCUUGGCUGUUGACAGGGCUUCAAAGGCCAGCUAGCCCAGCCUUCCCUCCCAGGAGCCAGCGUGGUGUAGUGGUUAAGAGCAGUAGUCUCGUAAUCUGGGGAACCGGGUUCGCGUCUCCGCUCCUCCACAUGCAGCUGCUGGGUGACCUUGGGCCAGUCACACUUCUCUGAAGUCUCUCAGCCCCACUCACCUCACAGAGCGUUUGUUGUGGGGGAGGAAGGGAAAGGAGAAUGUUAGCCGCUUUGAGACUCCUUCGGGUAGUGAUAAAGCGGGAUAUCAAAUCCAAACUCUUCUUCUUCCCCCAAGCAGGGUGACCCACAUGAGCAGAUCAAGCCCCACAUCCCUGGGAAGCUCCUCAAUGCCUUCUUCUUUCCUCCCCUCUGUUCCGCAGGCGCCUGUCCCACAUCUCGGGCUACCGGUCAUUCUACCUCCGUGGGGCUGGAACAAUGUUGCAGCAAGCCUUGGUGCAGUUCACUUUCAACAAGCUGCUGAAAAAGGUACCGAACGGUCUUUUUUGGGGGGGGUACCCUGUGGAGCGGAUGUGGGUGGCGCUGUGGUCUAAACCACAGAGCCUAGGGCUUGCCGAUCAGAAGGUUGGCGGUUCGAAUCCCCGCGACGGGGGGGGGGGAUAAUUGCUGACUUAACUAAUUGAACUGGAAUACAAAAAAGGGAGGUAUGAGGAGGUCAGGGAAACAAGGAUAUGAAUGUAAGAUUUGGAAAGAUUGAUCCAUUUUCCUUCUUCUUCUUUUUCUUUUUAAGUGUCUUUUACUCUUUUUCUGUAUUUUGUAUUUCCUAUUUUUUUGUAUUUUUACUUUUUGUUUUUGUGUAAUUCUUGUAUUUUGUGAAAUGUUAAUAAAUAUCAUUAAAAAAAAAAAAAGACCUCCAAAGAAGGAGACUCCACCACACUCCUUGGCAGCAAAUUCCACUGUCGAACAUGUCAGGAAGUUCUUCCUAAUGUUUAGGUGAAAUCUUCUUUCUUGUAGUUUGGAUCCAUUGCUCCGUGUCUGCUUCUCUGGAGCAGCAGAAAACAACCUUUCUCCCUCCUCUAUGUGACAUCCUUUUAUAUAUUUGAACAUGGCUAUCAUAUCACCCCUUAACCUCCUCUUCUCCAGGCUAAACAUGCCCAGCUCUCUUAGCCGUUCCUCAUAAGGCAUCGUUUCCAGGCCUUUGACCAUUUUGGUUGCCCUCCUCUGGACACGUUCCAGUUUGUCAGUGUCCUUCUUGAACUGUGGUGCCCAGAACUGGACACAGUACUCCAGGUGAGGUCUGACCAGAGCAGAAUACAGUGGCACUAUUACUUCCCUUGAUCUAGCUGAACAUAAGUCAGCAGUGUAAUGCAGCUGCAAAAAAAGUGAAUGCUAUUCUAGGCUGCAUCAACAGAGGUUGUGUCCAGAUCAAGGGAAGUAAUAGGACCACUCUAUUCCGCCUUGGUCAGAGCACACUUGGAAUACUGUGUCCAGUUCUGGACACCACAAUUUAAGAAGAAUAUUGACAAGCUGGAAGGUGCGCAGAGGAGGGUGACCAAGAUGAUCAAGGGUCUGGAAACCAAGCCUGAUGAGGAAUGGUUGAAGGAGCUGGGUAUGUUUAGCCUGGAGAAGACUGAGAGGGCAUAAGAUAGCCAUCUUCAAAUAUCUCAAGGGCUGUCACAUGGAAGAGGGAACAAGCUUGUUAUCCCCUGCUCCGGAGAGUAAAACUUGAACCAAUGGCUUCAGGUUGCAAGAAAGGAGAUUCCGACCAAACAUCUCUUGCAUGACUCCUCUGUUCAAGGACAGAAUAUGUGAGAACCAGGCAUGGGGCAGUGUCCUGUUCUUGACCUUCCCCUUGUCUUUCUCUCUCUCUUUAGGGCAAUUCCUCCUUUUGCCGAUACCUUCUUAGGGGGUGCCUGGAUGGUUCCUGCAGCUCUUCAUCCUCUUCCUUUCCCCCUACAGGGCUUUAUUCCCAUGACUGUUCCAGAUCUGCUGAAAGGAGCCGUCUUUGUAAGUAGCCUCACCCCCACAAAAAAAAUAUUCAUGGUAAGGUUACCAGAUUUUUUCCAGUGAAUCCGGGGACACUUUUCAACUUCAGUAGGAAUGAUAGCAUUUUGUCAGGGGACUGAUUUGUAAAUCCGGGGACUGUCCCUGGGAAACGGGGAUGUCUGGUAACCUUAGAGCCUGCUUCAUAUGGAGGCAGAUCUUUGGUCCAUCUAGUUCAGUAUUGUCUACACUGAUUGGCAGUCAUGCUCCAGGAUUUCAGGCUGGGGUGUGUGUGUGUGUGUGUGUGUGUGUGUGUGUGUGUGUGUUUGUGUUUGUCUUCCAGCCCUACCUUGAGAUGCUACUGGAGCCUUCUGUAUGGAAAGCAGAAGCUCUGCCUCUGAGCUUCCAGAGCGUCCUCUCUGGCACCCCCACCGUGUGUGUGGUUCUUGUGGCACACAAUAAUAAUAAUAAUAGUAAUAAUAAUUUAUUAUUUAUACCCCGCCCAUCUGGCUGGGUUUCCCCAGCCACUCUGGGCGGCUUCCAACAGAACACUAAAAUACAGUAACCUAUUAAACAUUAAGGGACGCGGGUGGCGCUGUGGGUUAAACCACUGAGCCUAGGGCUUGCCGAUCAGAAGGUCGGCGGUUCGAAUCCUCGCGACGGGGUGAGCUCCCGUUGCUCAGUCCCUGCUCCUGCCAACCUAGCAGUUCGAAAGCACAUCAAAGUGCAAGUAGAUAAGUAGGUACCACUCUGGUGGGAAGGUAAACGGCAUUUCCGUGCACUGUUCUGGUUCGCCAGAAGCGGCUUAGUCAUGUUGCCCACAUGACCUGGAAGCUGUAUGCCGGCUCCCUCGGCCAAGAAAGCGAGAUGAGCGCCGUAACCCCAGAGUCGGUCACGACCGGACCUAAUGGUCAGGGGUCCCUUUACCUUCACCUUUAUUAAACAUUAAAAGCUUCCCUGAACAGCCUUCAGAUGUCUUCCAAAAGUCUGGAAGUUGUUUUCCUCUUUGACAUCUGAUGGGAGGGCAUUCCACAGGGAGGGCGCCACCACCGAGAAGGCCCUCUGUCUGGUUCCCUGUAACUUGGCUUCUCGCAGAGAGGGAACUGCCAGAAGGCCCUCGGUGCUGGACCUCAGUGUCCAGGCUGAACAAUGGGGGUGGAGACGCUCCUUUUUUUUUUUUUUUUUUGAAAUAAUUUUUAUUAAAGUUUUAAACAAAGACGCUCCUUCAGGUAUACUGGACCGAGGCUGUUUUCAACACAGUGUUGCUCACAAAGCCAGGAGUCUGGUUGCCCUCUGAAGACGGGGGUUGGCACAUGGCCCUUUUUAGCCUGGAGGCCACAUACCCUUCUGAGCAGUCUUCCGAGGGCCACACAAUAGUUGUGGGCGGUGCCAGAGGCAAAAGUGGGUGGCGCAACGGAUGUAGUUCCUGCUCUCUCUCUCUGACUCUCUCGUUUAUUUGGUUUUUCAGAUUAAAUUUUUACAGUCAUACAAUGGUGUGGUACCUUAGUUCUCAAACUUAAUCCGUUCCAGGAGUCCGUUGAACUCCUGAAACCCUUCAAAAACCAAGGUGUGGCUUCCGAUUAGCUGCCCUCCAUCGGAAGCCGCGGAAGAUAUUUGGCUUUCGAAAAAUGUUCACAAACCGGAACACUCGCUUCUGGGUUUGCGGCGUUUGGGAGGCGAUUUGUUCGACAACUAAGCCGUUCGAGAACCAAGGUACCGCUGUAUAUCAAACACAGAUCAUAAAAAACAAGAUUCCAAGGAAUCUCGUGGACUUCCAUCCUCCCCUUAGUCAGUCCUAUUAUUAAUCUUUUCCUCCUGCAUCUUUGAUGGUGAUCCAAAUCUUUGGCAUCUCCACUGUGUCCAGAAUUCACCAUUGAACUACAGUUUUUUCUUGCUUGUCUGGAGACGGAGGAGACUCCUCUUCUGAAUAAGAGUCCAGAAGGGACCUGCAACUAAUUAGAAAGGUCAAAAUAUCCCCUCGGUAUCUACUCUUGAGAACAGGGCAUUUUAGAGCUAGUUUUCUGACCAAACUCUGAGCAUCACCUUUGCUGAGCUGUGUUUUUAGGUGAUGCCCCGCUGCAAGCAGGCCUCAGCUUUCAACCUGGCACCUUCCCGUUGUUGCUGGAUUACAGCUGCUAUCAUCUCUGACCACUGGGCAUGCUGGCUGGAGCUGAUGGGAGCCCUGUAGACUCACCCACCCACCCACCUGUGUCACACCUCUCUCCUCUUGCUUCCCAGGAAGGUUGUGGCAUGCCCCCAGAAGCCAGCUCCUCUCUGCUGUACAACAUAGACCCUUCUCGCUUUGAAGACCUGAGCCUGGCAGGCACGUCCGAGGUUGGCAUUGCAGGUAUGGCAAAAGGGUGGAACUCUGUGGACUUGUAAAAGGGUAAAAGAGCAUUGGGAAAUGAUCCAUAAUUAAAGUUGCUGUUUAGUCAUUUAGUCAUGUCCGACUCUUCAUGACCCCCUGGACCAGAGCACGCCAGGCACUCCUGUCUUCCAGUGCCUCCCGCAGUUUGGUCAAACUCAUGCUGGUAGCUUCGAGAACACUGUCCCACCAUCUCGUCCUCUGGCGUCCCCUUCUCCUUGUGCCCUCCAUCUUUCCCAACAUCUUUUCCAGGGAGUCUUCUCAUGAGGUGGCCAAAGUCUUGGAGCCUCAGCUUCAGGAUCUGUCCUUCCAGUGAGCACUCAGGGCUGAUUUCCUUCAGAAUGGAUCAGUUUGAUCUUCUUGCAGUCCAUGGGACUCUCAAGAGUCUCCUCCAGCACCAUAAUUCAAAAGGAUAAAUCCUUCGGCAAUCAGCCUUCUUUAUGGUCCAGCUCUCACUUCCAUACAUCACUACUGGGAAAAACAUAGCUUUGACUAUACGGACCUUUGUUGGCAAGGUGAUGUCUCUGCUUUUUAAGAUGCUGUCUAGGUUUGUCAUUGCUUUUCUCCCAAGAAGCAGGCGUCUUUUAAUUUCGUGGCUGCUGUCACCAUCUGCAGUGAUCAUGGAACCCAAGAAAGUAAAAUCUCUCACUGCCUCCAUUUCUUCCCCUUCUAUUUGUCAGGAGGUGAUGGGCCCAGUGGCCAUGAUCUUCGUUUUUUGAUGUUGAGCUUCAGACCAUAUUUUGUGCUCUCCUCUUUAACCCUCAUUAAAAGAUUCUUUAAUUCCUCCUCACUCUUUAAAAGUACUUCCCCACAAAACCCCAGAGUCCUUCCUGUUGGGGAUAAUUCAGACUGAAAUUCCCAGGGGUCAAAAACGGUUAUUUAGGUAUUCUACUACUGUGGCUCGUGUUUUGUUAGCCCAAAAAUGGAAAAUGAGCGAGGUCCCAGCCAAAGAAGAAUGGCAACUUAAGUUGACAGAAUAUGCACAGCUUGCAGACUUAACAUCUAGAAUAAGAGAACAAGAAGAACAGAAGUUUAAAGAAGAUUGGAAAACGUUUACUGAAUAUACAGGAAAUAAUUGUGUACAGCUGAAAACACUAACAGCAUUAAGAUAAAUUCAGCGGUGUAAAUAAGUUUAGAUGGAUGCAAUAAUGGAAUACUGAAUGGUAUAUGGAGUCCUGGGAGAGAACUUCCUUAGGCUCCAGAGAAGCCUCAUCGGCCUGCCCCAUCUUUAUGUCCCAAGAUGUUUUCGAAUUCCCACCGUUUCUGGCUGUGCUUGUUCCUUUAUUGUUCAUGACACUUUUCACUCAUACGAAUCACAAGAAAAAAGAAUUACCGUAUUUUUUGCUCUAUAAGAUGCACCAGGCCAUAAGACGCACCUAGUUUUUGGAAGUGGAAAACAAGAAAAAAUAUAUUCUGAAUCCCAGAAGCCAGAACAGCAAGAGGGAUUGCUGCGCAGUGAAAGCAGUGAUCCCUCUUGCUGUUCUGGCUUCUGGGAUAGCCGCGUGCAGCCUCUCCCGGGCAAGGGGAGCCAGGCAAGGCUCCCCCAAGAGCCACGCUCCCUUUAAAGAGAGAGUGUGGAGUGUGUGUGCAGCUCUUGGGGGCUUUUCCCCGAGGAGGGAGAAGAGCUACCCUUCUCCCUCCUCAGGGAGAAGCCCCCAAGAGCCACACACACGCUCCAAGUGGCUCAUUAAAGGGAGCGGUGAGCAGAGCCUCCCACCUGCGUUUGCUCCAUAAGACGCACACACAUUUCCCCUUAAUUUUUAGGAGGGCAAAAGUGUGUCUUAUAGAACGAAAAAUACGGUAGCAAUAAUGUACUAGAACGUCCCAAUUACAGCAUGAGCUAUAUAGAAUAAUUAACAAAUCGUCAGCAAAACAAAUACAAAUCAUCGGUAAAACGGCCACCUUCUAUGAAACACCAUAGCUAACUCCACUGUGACACGAGGGUUAUGUUCCCGGGUACUGUGCAUAACUGUGAAUCACGUACCGCGGGGAACACCCUCUAGCCCAUGGAAAUUCUUGAAAAACCCUUUAAAAAACAAAAAAACUCGCCAAAUUCCAUCCCAAUUGCUGCCUCCAAACCUCCUUUCUCAAGCUCCCAACUCUCCACAGGCCUCAAAGGUUGGCGCAAAGGCUGUUUUCCAACUCUUUUUGUGCCAUUUUUGCAGAUUUCCUGCUCUUUCCAGGCCUUUAAAAUUGAUUAAAUCAAUUUAUUUAAUUAUUUGCUGGCACUGUGUGUAUACGCAGUCAUGUGUAAAAGUGGGGAGUAGGGCUGGGCGAUGUAUCGAUACACCUUCCAAGACUGGUUAUAAGUCCAUAUUGUGAUAUUGGCUUUAUAGUUUUUGACCUGGCGAAAUCAUGUUGUGAAUCAUGGUGUGUGUGUGUGUGUGUGUGUGUGUGUGUGUGUGCUAUGCAAAAUUACAAUGUGGGAAAAACUGUGAAGCCAGCCAGUGCCGUUGCAAAGCUCCAUCCUUCUUUCAGACAUCAUGAUAUCUCAUUCUAUCACAAUGUUUAGCUGGUGAUAUAUCGUGAUGUUGAAAACCAGAUAUCGCCCAGCCCUAGUGGGGAGACACUUGUAUUAACAAAACUCUGCUCUUAUCUCCAAAAGAAAGAGAGAGGCAGGCUGCACAUAAAAUGUAGAAACAAAACUCUUUUGAAAAGUUAUUGAUAGUUCCUUCUUCAUCCCUGGUUGAAAAAUGUACAUUAGCAAGACAGGGUUGGCGAGAGCAACCGGGGCAAAGGAAUUAAGGAAUUGUGCCCCAAUUUCUUCCCUCAAAUCCAUUCCCACCGCCUUCUCUUCCUACUAGGGUACUUCAUGGAUCAUGCGGUGAAUCUGAAAGACACCCCCGUCAGGUGAGAAACUUUCUUCCCACCUUGUGGAUGCAUUCAGGUGCCGCUGCGCACAUGUUCAGAACGUUAAAGGUAAAGGGACCCCUGACCGUUAGGUCCAGUCAUGGCAGACUCUGGGGUUGCGGCGCUCAUCUCGCUUUAUUGGCCGAGGGAGCUGGCGUACAGCUUCCAGGUCAUGUGGCCAGCAUGACUAAGCCACUUCUGGCGAACCAGAGCAGCGCACGGAAACGCCGUUUACCUUCCCGCCGGAGCGGUACCUAUUUAUCUACUUGCGCUGGUGUGCUUUCGAACUGUUAGGUUGGCAGGAGCAGGGACCGAGCAAUGGGAGCUCACCCCGUCGCGGGGAUUCGAACCGUCGACCUUCUGAUCGGCAAGUCCUAGGUUCUGUGGUUUAACCCACAGCACCACCCGCGUCCCGUUCAGAACGUUACACAUGAUGAAAUACGGGCUGUGGGAUUCUAGAGUCUAACGUUAGUAAUUCUUGGGGUCCGUGCGUCUGCUCUGAGCCUGGAUACACCCCACCCCCUCAAUUCCAGAGAGGGCCGCAGCUUUUGUUUACGGCAUUAGAAAACAACUGGUCGGCCCCUGUGAGAACAGGACUCUAGACUAAAUGGGCCAUUGGCCUCAUUCUGAUGUUCUCCUUUACAUCAUAGGGUUUUCUGCAGGGGGAAUGGGCUGCUUCAAACAUCAGCUGCUCCCUGGCUGCGUGCUUUAGAAGUCUUAAGGCUGCACAUCUUCACAGCCUUGAAAGCUAUGGAAAGAUCACGAGGCUCCAAAAAUAACAGAUUGGCAAAUCAAAUUACAGGAAUUGGUGGAGACGGCCCAAUUGACUAGUAAACUCAGAGGAAACUCAAAGCAAAAAUUUGCGGGGAAAUGGGAUGGUUAUAGAAGAUAUGUUCAAAAAUACAGUAAUAGUUUUGACUAUGUGCUAGCAUUUGAGUGAUAAAGGAACUAAAAUGAGGUGGAUAACAAUUAAGGAUUUAUUAUGUUUUCAGAAUGUAUUAGAAAAAUUAUAUAGAAAGGGUUAUUGUUUUGUGUACAUUCAAAUGUAAGAUAAAAUAUAUGCAAAGGGACUUGACAGGAAGUCAAAGUUGAAGAAAAGAUUUUGGAAGAUAAAAGGGGGAAAAUAUUUACUUUCAUUAUCAUCAUUUUGUGUGUGGGUGUGGGUGUGUGGGUGUCUGCACAUAUGUGUGUUGUUGUAUGCAACGUUUGGGAGGAAAUAAGACGGUAAAUAACAAAUAACAAACUAAAUAUCGAUGUAUGUAAUUUUUAUUUCUUAAUUAUAUUUAGUGGUAGUAUGGUUGUAUUGUUUUUUGUAACAUAAAAUCAUUCAAUAAAAAUUAUUUUUCAAAAAAAAGAAAAGAAAGCUACAAUCUGAGGUGUUCCCAAAGUAAAGGAAGGAUUGAACUCUGAUUAAUAAGAAUACACACAGAGGCUUGAACCAGCAAGACUCUGGGAAGGGUGCAUAUAAUAGUCUGUCUCCACCCUCCGGCCCAGGUCCUUUUAUUCACAAAAGAACUUUUUACAGAGUGUUAGUAAGAACCAAUCAGAUUUCUUCUGAGCAUUUCAACAAACCCCACGUGGGGACAAAGUUAAACUACCCAAACUAAUUAAGCACGCAUAUUUCUGGGGUAAGCAAAACAGAACUACAAAGGAGUUCAUUUGGCAACCCCAAGCAAUAUACAUGAUAAGAAGGAUGGCCAGGAAGACAGCGAUCAUUAUCUCCUUCAGGUGAGAUCUGUUUCCUGGCCCUAAGAUUAACAUCCUAAGAGUAACAUAUCAGAAAAGCUACAUCAAAGAAACUGCCCACUGUCUUUGAUGACCCAGGAUGCCUGCCUGGCAAAGCAACUGGGCUGCGUACGUGACUUGUCAAGAAAGAGAAAUGGAACAGGGAUGCAGAGGUGUGGAUUGAUCAAGAAUCAAAAUAGUUUAAACCCAGUCAACGCAAUGCUUUCAUUGCUGACACAGGUGGCUUACUCUAUAUUUGUUAUAAUUCCUCAUAGCAAUCCCACCUGAUCACUACAACAAUCUGAAUCAUUUAAAAGAAAGUUGAGGGGUUCGCGCCCCCCCCCAUUAGGGAGCCAACUAUUCGUUCCAUCCUUGUAAGGUUUUCUGCCCUCCCGUGGAAUUGCGAUGUGCACCCACCCACAGACCCCUCUGCCCUCCUCUGCCCAAUUCCUCUUGACCACUGACCUCACCAGCCCUUCUGUCUCUUCUUCCAACUCGACCAGGACACUGUGUGUCAGCACGUGCUACAGGGCGGAAACAGAAACUCGCCAUGAGUCGUGGGGACUGUAUCGAGUGCACCAGUUCACCAAGGUGAGGAUGACGUGCGCCCGAGGUGUGGCGCCGUUGGAGGUGGGCAGAAGGAGCAGGGUCUGCAGCAUAGGCCCCGGUCCUGUAUACCUGAAGGAGCAUCUCCAUCCCCACUGUUCGGCCUGAGGUCCAGCUCUGAGGGCCUUUUGGCAGUUCCCUCCCUGCGAGAAGUGAGGUUACAGGGAACCAGGCAGAGGGCCUUCUUGGUGGUGGCGCCCGCCCUGUGGAACGCCCUCCCUUCAGAUGUGAAGGAAAUAAGCAGCUAUCCUAUUUUUAAAAGACAUCUGAAGGAAGCCUUGUUUAGGGAAGUUUUUAAUAUUUAAUGCUGUAUUGUUUUUAACACUCGAUUGGAAGCCGCCCAGAGUGGCUGGGGAAACUCAGCCAGAUGGGCGGGGUAUAAAUUAUUAUUAUUAUUAUUAUUAUUAUUAUUAUUAUUUAGGCACUGACCCGGGCCUCAGCAAGCUGAGGGUCCCAGGUGCCUUCAGACCAUCCUCUUAGACCCAGGUUCCACCUGCCAUUGUCUCUCUGGCUCCACCUAAUGUUGGGCUCCCUGUCUUCUGCCUUCCCAGUCCCAAUCAGAACCACCCAUCAUGGGCAAUAGCUGGGUUACUGUUGUAAGACAACCUAUCCGACUUUUAAAAGAUAUCUGAAGGCUAUCUGAAAGCUCUGUACAGUGAAGUUUUUAAUGUUUAAAGCUGUAUUGUGUUUUUAAUAUUCGGUUGGGAGCUGCCCAGAGUGGCUGGGGAAACCCAGGCAGAUGGGCGGGGUAUAAAGGAAGUAAUAGUGCCACUGUAUUCUGCUCUGGUCAGACCUCACCUGGAGUACUGUGUCCAGUUCUGGGCACCACAGUUCAAGAAGGACACUGACAAACUGGAACGUGUCCAGAGGAGGGCAACCAAAAUGGUCAAAGGCCUGGAAACGAUGCCUUAUGAGGAACGGCUAAGGCAGCUGGGCAUGUUUAGCCUGGAGAAGAGGAGGUUAAGGGGUGAUGUGAUAGCCAUGUUCAAAUAUAUAAAAGGAUGUCACAUAGAGAAGGGAGAAAGGUUGUUUUCUGCUGCUCCAGAGAAGCGGACACGGAGCAAUGGAUCCAAACUACAAGAAAGAAGAUUCCACCUAAACAUUAGGAAGAACUUCCUGACAGUAAGAGCUGUUCGACAGUGGAAUUUGCUGCCAAGGAGUGUGGUGGAGUCUCCUUCUUUGGAGGUCUUUAAGCAGAGGCUUGACAACCAUAUGUCAGGAGUGCUCUGAUGGUGUUUCCUGCUUGGCAGGGGGUUGGACUCGAUGGCCCUUGUGGUCUCUUCCAACUCUAUGAUUCUAUGAGUAAAUAAUAAUAAUUUUAUUAUUAUUAUUAUUAUUAUUAUUAUUAUUAUUGGUGCAUCCUGAGAUUUUUUGGGUUGGGGUGGAGCAGGAUGGAGCUCAGUGAGAAAUUUGAUACCUUAACAGAUGCUAAUGGCACAUCAAGCGUGUUGUUCAGUUCGACGCAAGCACAGCAAAUGCAUGGGAUCGGUUAAUCGGACUCAUCCCAAGGCUCUCUUGCUUUUCGCUUCAAACGAUGCAAGUUUCUAGUCCUCAGCGCUGCAAAGAUAGCCCGUUCUCAUUGAAAAAGCAGAAAGCCAGAGGGCCCAGGUGAUGUUAGCUUUCCUGCUGGGAUGUGUGUUGUUCAGAGCUGGCGUUCAUAAGAGGUGCAUUGUAAGAGGCCUGCAAAGUUUACAUGGGGCCUUGGAAUGCUGGGAGAGACCCGAGUUCAAAUCCCCACUUGCCCUGGAGCUCUGUGGGUGAGACCUUGGGCCAAUCAGUCACUCUCAGCCUAACCUACCUCUCAGGAUUGUCGUGGGGAUUAAUUGGGGAGGGGGAGAACCGUGUCUUCCUUUUCUUCUCCCUUCCCUCUUCUCCCGCAGUUACUCUUUCCUCUCCCUUUGGCUAACAGAUCUCUAUUAGAUAGAUAGAUAGAUAGAUAGAUAGAUAGAUAGAUAGAUAGAUAGAUAAUUUAUUACUGUCGGAGACCAGCUUAUAAAACACAAUUGGGGGUACAGUCACAGAAGGAAAACAAACAAUUAAAACAAUGUACAACAAUAAAUUUAAAAACAAUGUACAGCAAUAAACUACCGCAGGGAGCUGACCCAGAGUCACUCAUAGAACAGAGUUUGGGGAUUUUCUUAACGAACUAGUUUGAGUUGGGAGAUGGUCUGCGCCUACAGAUCUGUACACAGAAUCUGGCGACCAUCCGGGUCGUCUUCUGAUCUUUGCCUAAUAGGAAAAGGUCGAAUUUUUGUUUUUCCGGGAGGUCAGCGAGCCUCACCAGCAGGGGAUCAAUGGUCUCACUACGUGCCUCUUCAUAAGAGGGACGUCUCUAUAAUCAUACACUCUCUCCCCACAAUCCAGGUGGAAAUGUUUGGGGUCACUGCCAACGAGACUGGGUUCGAAAGCGAGGCCUUGCUGGACGAAUUCCUGGCCGUGCAGAAAGAGAUCUUCUCUGAGCUGGGACUGCACUACAAGUAGGGAGUCGCGCAAGAGCUGGGGGGGGCAGCUGAGGGACCCCCGCCCGCCGUUGGCUGCUGGGAACGUGGGUGUGUGAUCACUGAGAGGGAAGAAGGGCUGCUAGCCCAGCCAGCAGAGACAUGUCUGGUUGCAUCCUGAACCCACCUUAGAGGGUAUACUUAGGCAUGUUUAAAAUACAGUACUAACAGAGCAAAGCAACGUCCAGGGAACAUCAGAAUGCUGCAGCGCAAUUGCUGACAGGAGUGAGAACUCGCCAGCCUAUCACGCCCGUGCUCAGAGACUUGCACUGGCUGCUGAUUUGCUGCCAGGCCCAAUUCAAGGUGUUACUAUUAGCGCAUAAAGCUUUUAACAGCUCAGUACAGUUUACAGUGGUACCUCGGGUUACAGACGCUUCAGUUUACAGACCCCGCUAACCCAGAAAUAGUACCUCGGGUUAAGAACUUUGCUUCAGGAUGAGAACAGAAAUUGUGCUCCGGCGGCACGGCAGCAGCAGGAGGCCCCAUUAGCUAAAGUGGUGCUUCAGGUUAAGAACAGUUUCAGGUUAAGAAUGGACCUCCAGAACGAAUUAAGUUCUUAACCCGAGGUACCACUGUACCUACAAGAUGCUCAGAAAGUUGAGGUCAUUUUAAUCUGUUUCUGUACAGUGGUACCUCGGGUUAAGUACUUAAUUCGUUCCGGAGGUCCGUGCUUAACCUGAAACUGUUCUUAACCUGAAGCACCACUUUAGCUAAUGGGGCCUCCUGCUGCUGCCGCGCCGCCAGAGCACGAUUUCUGUUCUCAUCCUGAAGCAAAGUUCUUAACCUGAAGCAAUAUUUCUGGGUUAGCGGAGUCUGUAACCUGAAGCGUAUGUAACCUGAAGCGUAUGUAACCCGAGGUACCACUGUAUUUUAACUUUUCUGUGCUUUAAACUAUUGCAACUUUUUCUUGAGUUUGCUGUUUUAUCUUUUGUAAAUGGCUUUGAGGGUUUGCUUGCUUGUUUUCAGUCCAGCGGUGUAUGAGUUCUACAAAAUAAGGCCCAAAAAGGUAAUCUCACUUAUUUACUUAGCAAUCCUCAGGCAGCAAGACCUGGAUAGAGAAGGCCAAUCAGGUUCCUGAGCCUAUGCCUUCCGGCCAAGGUGGCAGCAGGGCAUGCCCAACUUUCAUGGCCGCCGUUACGCAUCUGAUCCCGGUUUCUCUUUACCGAUAGGGUCCUGGAUAUGCCCACACAGGAACUGGGCCUACCUGCAUACAGGAAAUUCGACAUUGAGGCCUGGAUGCCCGGCCGGGACAAGUAUGGAGAGGUGAGUGGGGGAAGAGUCCGCUCGCUCCUGAAUCUCUAGCCCAAGGGCCAACCCAACCCCAAGGUGGAAGAAGCCCUGGGGAGAGUCCGAUAGAUUCUUCUCAAUCUCCUUCUGCAGAGAAGUGGCGCAGAAGGAUAAGAAGAACACGGGAAUGUAGGAAAUCGGACUGUGGAUCCUUCUAGCUUAGUAUUGUCGUCACAGUCUAGAGACUUCCCCUCCCUCCCUCUCCUGCAAAACUCUCCCCCUUUAAUUCUGAGAGUGGUGGGUCCACCAAGAGGGUCCUAUCCCCCCUUUGACCAUACCAAAAUCCGACUCUCUCUUUUUUUAGUUUUUUACUUAUACUUUUCAAAUUUUAUACAUUUCAUUAAUUUUACAAUCCAUUUCACAUUUCAAAACUUCCCACUCUUUUCUGCGGUUCCUUAAAUUUACUUUUUCAUAUCUUUUCUGCAUAUCCAAAUUCAUUUCACUUACAAAUUUAAUUAUCUACUGUAAACAUAUACGCUUAUAAAGCUGCAGGUUAUCGCAAUAACCCUGCUAAUGUUUUUUAUCUGUUUACAAUUUAUCUGUAAAUAUUCAAUGAACCAUUUCCAUUCUUUUAUAAAAAGUUUGUUAUCUUGAUUUCUUAUUCUUCUGGUAAGUGUUGCCAUUUCUGCAUAUUCCAUGUUUUUGUAUCCAUUCUUCCUUUGCUGGGACUUCUGCUUCUUUCCAUUUUUGGGCGAGUAACGUUCUUGCCACUGUAGUAGCAUACAUAAAUAAAUUUCUAUACAAUUUAGGUAGUUCUGGCCCUAUAAUUACCAAAAGAGAAGCUUCUGGGUUGUUGUUUGUUAUAAAAGUUGUUUUGAACAUCCUUUUCAAUUCAUUGUACCGUAUUUUUCGCUCCAUAGGACGCACUUUUUUCCCUUCAAAAAUGAAGGGAAAAUGUGUGUGCGUCCUAUGGAGCGAAGACGCCAUAGCCCCGCGACCCUCUCCCGGCUGGAGAGGUGACGCGCGGCUAUUGAGGCUCUUGCCAUAGCCGCCUGUCACCUCUCCAGCCGGGAGAGCGCGUGCGGGGCUAAAGCAGCCAUAGCCCCGCGACCCUCUCCCGGCUGGAGAGGUGACGCACGGCUAUGGCAGGAGCCUCUCCGCUGCUCCCUGAACUGCUCUUUGGGGCUGGUGGUGGGCUUCCCCCCGCCAGCCCCAAAGAGCAGGUCGAGGAACCUGAAGCCUGGAGAGCGAGAGGGUCAGUGCACACCGACCCCUCUCGCUCUCCAGGCUUCCAAGCUAGCCGCCUGAACGCACCUUAAACGGCACCUUGUUUUAGAGCGGGAAAACAAGAGGGGGAAAGUUCUCCCCCUCUCUGCACAGCGCCUCCUGCCACUUUGCUGAAGGGGCGCUGGGCAGAGAGGGGGAGAAUUUUUUUUUCUUGUUCUCCCCCCUCUAAAACAAAGUGCGUCCUAUUGUCCGGUGCGUCCUAUGGUGCGAAAAAUACGGCAUAUCAUUUGAUGAUGACAAAAUCUGACUCUCAUAUCUACAAUCAUUUCUGAGAUCUGCCCCAAGGACUUCCAACGCAACUUCUGCCUUGGCCAUUUAUGUAACAACAAACCCCUGAGCAGUGGUUACAUAUCCUUAUGACCACUGCUCCUUGUGCAUUUUACUAAUCUAGGGGUUGUGCUGAAGAAGAUUCCAGCAAAACAGUCAGAUUAUCCGGGAUCACUGUCCUACGUUGUUAUUCACUUACUACUUCGGCACCAUGAACGCCUAAAAAGUUUUACCGCUUAGCCUGCAGGAUAGCAUCUAUUACUUUGUUUCAACCAUAGACUUAUUAUACUUCUACGGACUUUCAAAGAUUGACAGACGUGUGUUCAUUUGAUUUCAAAUAUAUAAUAAUAAUAAUGAUAAUGAUAAUAAUUUAUUAUUUAUACCCCGCCCAUCUGGCUGGGCUUCCCCAGCCACUCUGGGCGGCUUCCAAAAAAAUAUUAAAAUACUGUAAUACAUCAAACAUUAAAAGCUUCCCCAAACAGGGCUGCCUUCAGAUGUCUUCUAAAAGUCUGGUAGUUGUUGUUCUCUUUGACAUCUGGUGGGAGGGCGUUCCACAGGGCAGGUGCCACUACCGAGAAGGCCCUCUGCCUGGUUCCCUGUAACUUGGCUUCUCGCAGUGAGGGAACUGCCAGAAGGCCCUCGGUGCUGGACCUCAGUGGCUGGGUAGAACGAUGGGGGUGGAGACGCUCCUUCAGGUAUACUGGGCCUUUGAGGCCGUUUAGGGCUUUAAAGGUCAGCACCAACACUUUGAAUUGUGCUCGGAAACGUACUGGGAGCCAAUGUAGGUCUUUCAAGACCAGUGUUAUAUGGUCUCUGCGGCCACUCCCAGUCACCAGUCUGGCUGCCGCGUUCUGGAUUAGUUGUAGUUUCUGGGUCACCUUCAAAGGUAGCCUCACAUAGAGCGCAUUGCAGUAGUCCAAGCGGGAGAUAACUAGAGAAUGCACCACUCUGGCGAGACAGUCCGCGGGCAGAUAGGGUCUCAGCUGCAUACCAGAUGGAGCUGGUAUAUUAGAGAAUUUACAAGUGUACACAUUUUGUUUUUGUUGUACUAAAUUAUGUGUAUUAUGCAAUAAGAAUUGCAUGCUAUCUAGUAUACUGGUCAUCGUGUUGCUUGUGUUGUUUGUUUUGUUUUGUUGCUUGUUGGCCAGUUAUGUGACUGCCCUUCGUUUCCCCUGCUAGAUCUCCAGUGCCUCUAACUGCACAGACUACCAGAGCCGCCGGCUGAAUAUCAUGUACUACAACCAGGAAGGCCGCCUGUCUUAUGCGCACACGGUAAGCUGGGCCCUGGGCCUGUGGCCUGAGAUACAGGGAUGGGUGGGGAGAAGGAGAGGCCAGGUGUCGAUAACCUGUGCUCUUUUUGCUCCUUAACCCGAUGCCACACUGGGGGCCUCCAGCGUCUCAGCACAACUGUCUGUUCUUUGCAGGUCAACGGCACAGCCUGCGCUGUUCCCCGGAUGCUCAUUGCCCUCCUGGAAUCCAACCAGCGCAAGGUUCGUUGCCAGCAUAAUCAUCAUUGUCAUCAUCAUCUGUUAUUUAUACCCCGCCCAUCUGGCUGGGUUCCCCAGCCACUCUGGGCGGCUCCCAACAGAAUAUUAAAAACACGAUAAAACAUCAAACAUUAAAAACUUCCCUAAACAGGGCUGCCUUCAGAUGUCUUCUAAAAGCCAGAGAGUUGUUUAUCUCCUUGACAUCUGAUGGGAGGGCGUUCCACAGGGCGGGCGCCAGCACCCAGAAGGCCCUCUGCCUGGUUCCCUGCACACUCACUUCUUGCAGGGAGGGAACGGCCAGAAGACCCUCAGAGCUGGCCCUCAGUGUCCGGGCUGGACGAUGUGGGUGGAGACGCUCCUUCAGGUAUACUGGGCCUUUGAGGCCGUUUAGGGCUUUAAAGGUCAGCACCAACACUUUGAAUUGUGCUCUGAAACGUACUGGGAGCCAUUACAGAUCUCUCAGGACCGGUGUUAUAUGGUCUCAGCGCCCACUCCCAGUCCCCAGUCUAGCUGCCGCAUUUUUUAUUAAUUGUAGUUUCCAGGUCACCUUCAAAGGCAGCCCCACAUAGAGCGUGUUGCAGUAGUCCAAGUGGGAGAUAACUAGAGCAUGCUCCACUUUAGGCUGGGCUCUGUGCACGGCAGCGGGGCCCCACCUCCAGCCCAGAGGCAGUGUCCAUCUGCUUUGUGGGGAGGAGGCGGACCCCUCAAAUAUUUUAUUGCAGGGGCCAGAGGAACCUCAGCCCCUAAGAGUUGGCUUCUGUGGAUUGAUCCAAGAGGUCUAUAGUUCCCAUCCACUCCAGGGCUGAUGGGGAUUUUAGGGGCUGGGAGCUGGCAUACCCUGUUAGAAACAGGUUUGGUGUGGGUUUCAUUUGACGCUGUGUUGUUACAGUCAUACCUUGGGUUACAGACACUUCAGGUUGCGUUUUUUUGGGUUACAGACCAGAACGGGUUACUUCUGGGUUUCGGCGGUCACGCAUGUGCAGAAGUGCUAAACCGCGCUUUGCACAUGCGCAGAAGCGCCGAAUCGCAACCCGCGCUUGCGCAGACACGCCGCUGCAGGUUGAGAACGUGCAUCCCGCACAGAUCACGUUCGCAACCCGAACAUCCACUGUAUUCUUGUUAUUUAUUGAAUUUAUAGACCGCCCUAUACCCGGAGGUCUCAGGGCGGUUCACAGAAUAACCAGGGCGGUUCGCAGAAUGUUGCGCAGAGGGCAGAAGUUGGCCGACACAGGAUCCUCAAACCCUCUCCUCUGCCUUUGUCCCUCCUCUGUAGGAUGGCAGCGUUCGGGUACCAGACGUCCUCCAGCCGCUGAUGGGCACAGAGAUCAUCGGCAAGCCUAGCUACACUCCGUUGAAAUACAUCGGCCCAAACCAGCCCAAAAGACAAUGAACACCCCCCCACCCCAAAUCCUGGGGUGCCUUGGAAAAUCUGAGAUGAUCAAGAAGUCCAGAGACCCAGGAGAGGAAGGAAGGAUGAGCGCUUGUAUAGUGACGCAGCCUUGUGGGUGGGGUGGGUGACUUUGGGUUGGGGGGGCCUGAAAUGCCAGCGAGGUGACCUUUACCCCCAAUUGGGCACUGUGGAGAGAGAGAGAGCUCACCUCUUCAGGGUAGAGGGGAAUAUGAGCUGUCCUUCCCAAGGUGAUCUUCAUGGACCCAGAGCGCUUCCAGAAAAGGCUGGCUGUGAAGUCCCAACAUGUAACUUGGGAUGGGAAUCCCUUGUGACCUUCCCUGGAGAUCUUGCCAUUUCCCCAUCAGCCAGACUCCAGUUCGCAGCUUCCUCUCUUGUCUUAACCUCUAUUGUAUUUCGUUGGUGGGGAAGCAGGGUACAUUGAUCAGAACCGUCGACGGAGCAGAGAAGACAUUCGCCCAAUAAAAAUCACUAACCAAAACGUCUGUUUGCUUCUAGCAGUGAUGGUUUUUGCAUGCUGCGUCCCCUGGGAUGUGGGUGGCACUGUGGGUUAAAACCACAGAGCCUAGGACUUGCCGAUCAGAAGGUCGGCGGUUCGAAUCCCCGCGAUGGGGUGAGCUCCUGUUGCUCGGUCCCUGCUCCUGCCAACCUAGCAGUUCGGAAGCACAUCAAAAGUGCAAGUAGAUAAAUAGGUACGGCUCCAGUGGGAAGGUAAACGGCAUUUCCGUGCGCUGCUCUGGUUCGCCAGAAGCGACUUAGUCAUGCUGGCCACAUGAUCUGAAAGCUGUACGCCAGCUCCCUCGGCCAAUAAAGCAAGAUGAGCGCCGCAACCCCAGAGUUGUUUGCAACUGGACCUAAUGGUCAGGGGUCCCUUUACCUUUAGUUUAGACAAAAAGCAAGAGGUGAUACAAUAGGCGAUUAUGAAACGAUGCAUGGCAUGUAGGAAAAUGGAUAGAAAUAAGUUUUUCUCCCUCUUAUAACUCUUAGAACAUGUGGACGCCUUGUGAAGAUUCAGGGCAGAUAGAAUUGUAGAACUGUAGUGUGGGGAGGGACCCUCAAGGGUCAUCCAGUCCAACCCCCUGCAAUGCAGGAAACUCCGCUAAAGCAUUCCUGACAGAUGGUCACCCAACCUCUGCUUAAAAACCUCCAAGGAAGGAGAGUUAAUCACCUCCGAAGCGAGACCAGUCCACUGUCGAACAGCUCUUACUGUCAGAAAGGUUCUUCUCUUGAUGUUUAGUUGGAAUGUCAUUUAUUGUAACCAGAUGGGUGGGGUAUAAAUAAAUUAUUAUUAUUAUUAU